AUGAAAGACCGCCUCCAAGAGCUUAAACUGAGAGCUAAGGAACUACAAAUAGCUGGUGAAAACAAUGGUGCAACUGUACAAGAAGAAGAGCAGGAGGAGUUUGAACAGCAGGCCAUUAUUUAUGAAAAAGAACCCAUAACUGAAAGGCACUUGCAUGAAAUUCAGAAGCUUCAGAGUGAAAUUAAUAAUUUGGUGGAGGAAGUUCAUAAAUUCAGCCAACAACAAAAAAGCCUAGUAUCUUCAAUGAGAAGAUUCAGUGUUCUUAAAAAGGAAUCUAACAUAGCAAGAGAAAUAAAAAUUCAAGCAGAGCACAUACGAAAAUGUUUGGAUGAACUGUCAAAAGCAGCGAAAAAAGCUGAAAAUGAACUUGGGCCAUCACGUGCCACAGUAAGAAUUCUAGCUUCCCAGCAUGCUUUCCUUUCCCACUGUUACCUAAAUGCUAUGGUCUCAUAUAAUGAUGCUAUAACUGCUAAGCAGGAGAAAUGCAGAAGAUUUAUUGUCCGUCAGCUUGAAGUAGCUGGUAAAGAGGUAUCUGAGGAAGAAGUCAAUGAUAUGCUUGAACAAGGAAAAUGGGAGAUUUUCAAUGAAAAUCUACUCACUGAAGUCAAAAUUACCAAAGCUCAGCUUUCAGAGAUUGAACAGAGACACAAAGAACUAGUCAGUCUGGAGAACCAGAUCAAAGACUUAAAGGAACUUUUUAUCCAGAUAUCGGUUCUGGUAGAGGAGCAAGGGGAGAUGAUCAACAACAUUGAAAUUAGUAUGAACAAUACUCAAGAAUACACUCAAGUAUCUAAAGAAAAAUUUGGGCUUGCAGUCAAGUAUCGAAAAAGAAACCCCUGCAAAGCACUAUGCUGCUGGUGUUGUCCAUGCUGCAAAUGA